GCUGCUAAUACACAAAGGUAAUCUAAAAGUUAUGUUAAAUAGGGUAUAUCUCCCUCUUUAUACUACAUUUUCUAUAACGGAUAUUGUUACAACUAAACAAGGUACCGUUCUUUUUGUUGUCCGUUUUGUCAUUAUCUUCACAUUUAUCAAUUCCGCGUUUCCCCUUUUUAAACUACAUUUUCUAUAACGGGUAUUGUUACAACUAAACAAGGUACCGUUCCUUUUUUCCCGUUUUGAAAUAAGUUUCAUAUUUAUUUCAUUUGAAUUCCGAGAUUGGAUGCAGCCAUAAAUUCAGGAUAGAAAUUUAAAGAGUAAAAAUUUAAAAUAUAUGUAAAUACAUAUAUAAUUAUUAUAAGUUAAAUUAAAAAAAAUGAGUGCAAAUUCAUCAGGUAAGUAAUAUAAGUUUUAAACUGAAAAAAAUAUAACUUAAGGUAUUUAAAUAGAUUGUGUCGGAGCGUCAACGAGUCGAGGUGGCAUAAAGCGAGUGCGUGCAAAUUCAUCAGGUAAGUAAUAUAAGUUUUAAAUUUAUAAAAAUAUAACUUAAGGUAUUUAAAUAGAUUGUGUCGGAGCGUCAACGAGCCGAGGUGGCAUAAAGCGAGUGCGUGCAAAUUCAUCAGAUUGUGUCGGAGCGUCAAACAGCCGAGGUGUUAUAAAGCGAACCAAUGUUCUUAAAGCGGCGGAAGUGAAGUCAAUGUGGAAUAUUGUAAUAAUAUUCCAAACAUUUGACACAAAAGAGAAAUGUAUUUCUUUUGCCGAAGAACAAGGUUUGAUUUUAAAAGCCAAAAUUUGCCGUACGCAUAAAAUGCCAAUGACGCUCUUGUUAAAAAAAAGUAGCAGUGUUGGGGUGUUCCGAUGCCGGAAAGGGGGUUGUCGGAAACGAAGUGCGUUGGGAAGGUCGAGCGGGACCUGGUUCGAAAACGUCAAAAUCCCACUUCCGCAGGUAUUUUAUCUAAUGUAUGCUUAUGCAUCUCAUUGGUCACAUGCGGAAGUGAGGAAAAACAGUUUUAUCAGGGAACCAGUUUUAUCUAGCGCUACAAUAUGUGACCGGUAUAAUUACUGCCGCGAAGCUGUAGUAUUAUACCAGGUUGACCAUCAGGUAGCGGUAGGUAAAAUUGGUGGCCCUGGUAAAACUGUUCAAAUAGACGAAAGUAAAUUUGGGAAGCGAAAAUACAACAAAGGGCGGAGAGUCGAGGGCCACUGGGUUCUUGGGAUGGUUGAGGAUGGGAGUGACGACCUUAGGCUGGAGGUAUGUCCCGGCAAUGUCAGGUCUGCUGAGGUGCUCAUACCUUUGAUAGAGAAGCACGUGGCAAAAGGCAGUAUAAUAUGUACUGAUUGCUGGAGGGCAUACGACUGUCUAGCCAGUCACGGGUAUGAGCACCGACGCGUGAAUCACAGCGACCCCGAUAAUCCGUUCGUUGCCGAGGACGGGACGCAUACUCAACGCAUCGAGUCCCAGUGGCGAGUAAUUAAACGUUUUUUCAUAAAAGACAAUUACAAUAACAGCGAAGAUUUUUCUAAUUUAAUUUAUGAAUAUACUUGGAGAAAAAAUAUUGCAAAUAAUCAUCACGAUCCUUUUGUAAGAUUAUUAGAUGCAAUUAAAUAUACAUAUAAGCCUUAAAACUUUUUUUAUUACAACGGAAAAUUAAUUUCAGAUGGUAUUUGUCUCUUGGUUUGAGUUUUUAUAUUCAUUUUUAUUCGUUUGAUAAAUGUGUGAUUAUGGCAACACUUAUUAUUUGUCAACAAGGAAUACUUUUGUUAUUGUGCAUGAAAUGAAAAUUGUGUAAAAUAUAAAAUGCUUAUUUUAAGCAAAUAACUAAAUAAUUACUGAAAAAAAAAUAUGUAGAAACAAUGUAGUGAAGUGUAAGUGCAUAAAAAGUGCAUAAUAUGAAUUAAAUAAUUACUAGCAA